AUGGGCCCCCGCAGAACACAUACUAAAUCACGGAACGGCUGCCCGGAAUGCAAAAAGCGCAGAUUGAAGUGCGAUGAGCGUUUUCCAUGCACAAAUUGCAUCAAGCACGCGAUACAAUGCUCCUAUUUGGAGCGAGAGGCGUCGACUCCGGUUUCUACACCAGCGACACAGCUACUCAUAGAUUCAUUGCAGACAAGUAGGGCAUCGCCCUUGAUACCUAAGUCUCACCCCACAACUCCAGGUUCCGCGGUCGUCCCUCCGCCCGAGAGUAGAUCGGAUUUACUGCAUUUCCUGGCGGAGUCGCCCAAUGAGAUCCCGACAUUUGAUACGGAUGACUGGGCGUCUGAUCUUGAAUUGAUGCAUCACUACUCCACUGUGACUUGCAAUACACUGACGAUCCGCGAAGACGCCCGGCAUGUUUGGCGCGUUGUACUUCCGAUCGAAGGAUAUUCAAAUCGAUAUUUGAUGCACGGAAUUUUGGCUUUAUCUGCCUUACAUCGCGCUCAUCUCUAUCCAGCACAAAGAGAGAAAUAUAUCAAAGCGACCGCUUACCACCAGGCAGCUGGACUGAAACAAUUCCGGGAAUUGAUCGCGUCGCCCAUUGAUCCCAGUAAUUGGCAGCCCGUCUUUUGCUUUUCUUCCAUGAUCAUGGUCUACGUUUGCGCUUCGCCCGUCCGAAUAGGGGAGCGCUGGCCGGCUCCUAUACUGAACAUGGCAGAGCUAUUUUCUGUCGUCAAAGGAAUGCAGAGCAUCAUGGAGCCGUGGUUGCACAGCCUUCGAAAGACCCAACUUGCCCCCCUUGUGAACAGCGUGUAUCUUGAGAGUGAGCCUCUUAUUGCAAGCCCGGCGAUGAUGCAGCAAUCUUUGCUCCCAGCUGGUACCCGCGAGCAUCUAUCCCUACUGCACAAAUUUGUCGAUGAAUAUCCUUUUACUGAAUCUGAAGAUGAACCCCAGACACCUGAUGGAUCAUUGAAUCCUGAUCACCGAACAGACUACAAGAAAGCCUUGCAAUAUUUUGAAAAUUCAACGCGCCAAAUUGAUUUGGCGGGCCCACACGUAGAGAUCGGAAUGGUUCUCAUGUGGGCUUACUCGCUAUCCACGAGAUUUCGCCAUGACUUGGAGGCAUACUGGUCACCUGCUCUAGUUCUUCUAGCUUACUGGUGUGUCCUGCUACAUCUUGUCGAGCAUUCAUGGUUUAUCAAUGGCGCCUCCAGGGAAUUAUUGGAGGACAUUGAGAAAAGAAUCCACCCGGCAUACAAAGAGUGGUUAGCGUGGCCAAAGCUAUGUGUUUUUGGAAAGUGA